CGAGAAGAAGCAACAGCUGAGCUGCCUCGAGCAGCAGCAACAAACACGCGCGGCACGGCACGGCAGCCUGACUCGGAAGCUACACGCAGGCCGGCCGUAGCGAGAUGAAGUCGAGGGUGGCGCUGGAGCCGCUGGCGGAGGAGCCCGGCUGCGGGGAGGAGGACGCGGCGCGCCGGCGCUCGGGCCUCCACGCGGCGCUGCACCGGUGGGCGCGCCUCCUCUCCGGUGGCGUGGCAGGGGACGACGCCCGACCGGCCGCCGACCUGCGCGUGCUCCUCUCCGUGCUCGCCUGCCCGCUCUCCCCCGUGCCCCUCCUCCCGCGCCUUCCACGCCACGUCGCGUCGUCGGCGCAGUACAUCAUCGAGCAGUUCAGGGCCACGACGGGGUGCGGGAAGCUGGAGGACGGCGCCGUCAAGAGCAUGUACGCGUCCGGCCGGGUGCGCCUCUCCAUGCUGCAGGAGCCCGGCGGUGGGGGAGGCGGCGGGCGCGGCCACGAGGGGAGCUUCGUGCUGUGGCAGCUCGCGCCCAGCAUGUGGCUCGUCGAGAUGUCCGUGGCCGGGCAGAGCGUCGCCGCGGGCAGCGACGGCCGCGUCGCCUGGCGCCGCACGCCCUGGCUCGGCGCCCACGCCGCGCGCGGCGGCUCCCGCCCGCUCCGACGCGCGCUCCAGGGCCUGGACCCUGUGACGAUCGCGUCCAUCUUCUCGACGGCCGAGCACGCCGGCGAGAAGGAGGUGGACGGCGAGGACUGCUUCGUGCUGCGCCUGGACGUGGGGCCGUCGGUGCUGUCGAGCUGGAGCGACGGAACCGCGGAGGUGAUCCGGCACGGGCUGACGGGCUUCUUCAGCCAGCGCAGCGGGCUCCUGGCGCGGCUGGAGGACUCGCAGCUGACCCGGAUCCAGUCCCCCGGCGCGGCCGCCAUGUACUGGGAGACCACCAUCGCGUCGGCGGUGUCGGACUACCGCGCCGUGGACGGCGGCGUGGCCGUCGCGCACGCGGGCACGUCCACGGCGCACCUCGCCCGGUUCGGCGUGGGCGUCCGCGCCGCGCGCGUCGUCACGCGGAUGGAGGAGUCGUGGACCAUCGACGACGUGGCGUUCAACGUGCCGGGGCUCGGCCCGGACGCCUUCAUACCGCCGGAGGAGGUCAGGAGGAGCCGGUCCUACGGCGCCGCCAUCGCAGGCGGCAAGUGAGCUCUCUCUCCGCCGUGUCAGUCAGGGCUCAAGCGUCUGUGUAACAUAGUCUGCAACUGCAUAGAGAGAGCUUUGCUGUUUGGUAGCUUCGUCGUCUUUGUCUGUCUUCCCUUUAUUUUGUAACCUGUGAGUGAGUGAGUGAGUGAGUGAGAGUGGCAUCGGUGAUCGUGCAUGUACAUAUAUGGAUCUGAUUUACCCAAAAAUAAUAAUGACAAAAAUUCUAAA